AUGGCUACGAGCCAUUCAGCCAGUCACUCAGUCAGCACUACCUAUCCGCCAGCUCACCACUCCACUCGCCAGCCAGCCAGCCAGCCCCCACUACUCAGCCACCAGUCUGAUAUUCUACAAGAUAUAGAAGGAGCAAUGCAGUACGGAGAACAUUGCGGAGACAAGGAGGAACCACUGCAGCAGGCAAAUGCGGAGAAUAUUGCGGAGACAGUCAGCAGCAGCAGUGACACAACAGGCCUGCUCUCCACGAUCUCACACCAAUCCACUCAGUCAGCUACUCAGCCAGUCACUCAGCCAAUCACUCAACAAGAGAAGGAGCAAUGCACUACGGAGAGAAUUGCGGAGACAGUCAGCAACAGCAGUAACACAACAGGCCUGCUCUCCACGGUCUUACAACAAUCCAUUCAGUCAGCUACUCAGCCAGUCACUCAGUCAGCCACUCAGCCAGAGCACUCAGUUAAGCAAGAGGAGAAAACAUUGCAGCAGGCAAAUAAGGAGAACACUGCGGAGAAACCAAGCGGCAAUAAGGCCACCAUCGUCAAGAACACCGCUCAGCUCUCCAAGAUCCCACAUCAUAUGCUCUCUACAAUCCCACGUCAAAUUGCCACACAGCAAGCGGAGAACGACACUACAAUUUGGCCUGCUAUCUCCGCGUGCCUAGGCAAUAUCACAUUGUGGUACAUCACUGCAAUGAGCACACAAGAGAAGGAUCUACUGCGUCGAUCACAGCCAAUUGGACCUCUGCAGACAAGGGUCACCUAUCGAACGAUGCAUAUUUGA